CAAUGAACAAUAAUAAUUCUGAAGAAAAGAAUAAUGAAUAAUAGGAAGAGCCUAUGACAGAAGAAGAGAGAUAAUUUGCUGAAGAAUUGGAUUAAAAAAUUUAGAAUGCAUAACAAAAAUUAGAUUAAUUGGGAUUAACAUAGAGUAGAUUAAAUUGGUUGUAAGAUACAAUAAAAAAGAGAUAAGAAGAGAAUCCAUUAACAGAAGAGGAAAAGAAAGAAAAAUUUUAAUAAUUAGCAGAUAAAGCCAUAGAUAUACCUACAAUUGAUAGAUAAGGCAGAAAAAUUUUUACAUUAGAAGAGACAUUAAAUAAUUAUAAUAAUGCUUGGGGUAUUUUAAAAUACAGAGAAUUACCAAUUUGUUGGAGCAAUUUAAAAGAUAAAAUAAUAUUCACAUUACCAAUGACAUUUAUGGCUGCAUAUACUUAUGAGGCUAUGCAAUUAAAAAAGAUAAAUUUAAGUUUAAAAGAGAUGAAAUUUAAAUUAUUGGGUAGAAGUUGGGGUGUAUUCUUUAUUCUUGGAACAACAUUUUGUAUAAUAGAUUCUCUAUAUUUUGAUGAUUUUUGGUAAUAUAUAAAACUAAUAUAAAUUUAGUGAUAUCAAAUCUUAUCAUUAUUAAACAAAUGAUAGGAAGAAAUUAGCAAGAGAAUUAAGAUCAUAAUUAUUGAAUAAACCAAAAUAAAAGGAUCAAAAUUGA